AUGGGACAACAUCCUAAAUAUCGUGAGCUCCAAGCCGGCGAGAAAAGUGACGGAAAUAAUGCUGGCUUUUAUAAUCGACAUGAAAGAAGGGACUCGUCCUCAAGCGCCGGCGAAGCAGGCAGUCUAAACAGUCGCCAGCUUCCAGAAGCUUCGCCGACUGAUGAUGCCAGCUCCGAUGGAUCUCCAGUAUAUGACGAAGAAGCUCCCCAGGAUUCUCCAGUCCACCCCAUUGAUGAAGAGCUCCCCAAAAUGUUAGCGGACAAGUUGACGGUGGAGUUCAAGGCAACCCUGCCAGCCGACAGUGACCUUCUCGAUGAGCAACCGCUGAUCCUGAAAAUGCCCCAUUUCAUAAAAGUGGAAUCCAAGGCUUAUGAUCCUCAAAACUUCAAGAAUGCCAUGACUCGAGAGGAUUUGAAGGACGAACAGGCACGCGACGACUUCAUUAAUCGCUUGAAGACAACAGUGAGAUGGCGAAUGGGCCCGAAUAAUGAAAUGGAGUCGAAUGCGAGGAUUGUUCGCUGGUCCGAUGGCAGCGAAACCUUCCAUGUGGGCGGCGAGGCCUUUGACAUAGUGCACCAUCCGGUGACCAACGACCAGAGUCACUUGUAUGUCCGCCACGGUAGCUAUUACCAGCCCCAGGGGCUCAUAAAAGACAAACUGACCCUGCGUCCCAAGCUGGACUCAGUCUUCGGACAGAGUCAUGUCCAGGGAUUGCGUAAUCGCGCAGUGAAUAAACCGAAAACGGGAGGCGUGAAGGUGCUAACGGACAUGGGGGCUGAUCCUGUGCAGGAUCGUGAGCGUCGCGUCAAGGAGGAAAUGGCCCAACUGCGACGUGAGGAGCGUGAGGAGCGUGACAAGCGCCGCUACCCUCAGUUGAAUCGGCGAAAGCCGUCUGUUCUGCCCACGCCUCACUGUAGCACCCCCAACGAUUGGGAGGAUGGGAACUACACCCAAUCCGUAAGCUCUGUAAAUUCUAAUACAUUGUACGAGCAGGAAAAUUAUGCCAGUGUAGAUGAGUUUGAUGAGGACGAUAGACCCUCGAGCAGCACUUUGAAGCCCAAGAAAGUUCCCCAAUCAAAUUCCAACGAGGGUCUCCUGAUCGGAGGAGCAAAACGCAAGACCAAGCCUGUAGUAUAUUCAAGCUCAGAUGAAUUUUAA